AAAAACAAAAUGGCGACUUUGAAACACGUGAAAACUAACUCUAAGUGGGAAAAGGUCGAAAUAAGCCCUGUGCUAUUUUCGAACAAAGAUUUUGAAAGUUUGAUAUCUAUUGAGGAACUUAAAGACUACGAACUCGUGGAAGCUAAUGCUGGUCAGACAGUGGAUGAUGAUGCAUCACAAACAACAGCAGAAGUGGAAAAUAGAAACAAAACAAAGAAAAGGAAGAAAAAGAAGAAAAAACAAGAGACACCUCCUUCAGACACUGUUCCAGUGCAGUCUAAGGAGGAGGUAUCUGAAGCUAUAAAUGCGGAGAAUCCAAAAAAGGCAAAGAAAACAAAAAAGAAGAAACCCUUAAAGAAAGAUGAACAAAAGAAAGGACUGACUUUGAAGAGGAAGCAUGGAAAGAUGUUGAUGCUUGACAGCCAGGAUAUAGUUGACUUGAAUGAGAAUGAGGAAACAUCAUCAGAAGCAAAAUCAAAAGAAAGAGCUGAAAAAGACCAAGGAGAAGGACCAAAGCCAAAGAAGGCAAAGACAAAAGGAGAGAAGCUGACGCAACACACAAGUCCCUCUGUCUCAGCAGACAUGAGUGCUUGGAAGAAUCUGUUUGUGCCCAACCAAGUCCUGAAAGCUCUAGAACAUCAAGGCUUCACAUCUCCGACCUCCAUACAGGCACUGGCACUUCCAUCAGCCAUCAGGGACAGGAUGGACAUUGUUGGCGCCGCAGAAACGGGAAGUGGGAAAACAUUGGCGUUUGGCAUCCCAGUGCUGCACCACAUCUUACAGUAUGAAGAACGCAAACAGCAGCAACAAGGUGUUGAAGAGGAGGAGGAGGCAGGUGAAGGAAGAGAUUCAUCAUCAGAUGAAAGUGAGGCUGAUGUGACAGUUGAGGCCGAGGUGGAUGAAGAAGACGAUGAUGAUGAUGAGGAGGAGGAUAGUGAGGAGGAGGAGGAGGAGGAGGUAGUGGAGGAGGAGGAUAAAGGCGGAAAUGAAGGAAGUGACAGUGGUGUUCAAGAAGACCUUGACCUUUCUGAUGAUGAAGAUGGCGAUUAUGAUCUUCCUCCAGAUGAAGAAGAUAUACUUGAACUUGAAGGUGAUGAGACUGGUUGUGUGAGAGUGGUCAAUAACAUUGAAUUUGAUGCUGCUGACCGUGAGAAGGUGAAGGCCGCCUCCAAGGGAAACAAACCUCUGAUAGCAUUAAUACUGGAGCCGACACGAGAGUUGGCGAUCCAGGUGAAGAACCACUUGAUGGCGGCUGCCAAGUACACAGAUAUCAGGAUUGCAACGGUUGUUGGUGGAAUGGCUGCCCAGAAACAACAGCGAGUGCUCAAACAGUGCCCAGAGAUCGUCAUAGCGACACCAGGACGGCUGUGGGAACUCAUACAACAGGGUGAUCCUCACCUGGCUAAGGUGACUGGCAUCCACAAGUUGGUGAUUGACGAGGCUGACCGCAUGGUGGAGAAAGGUCACUUUGAGGAGUUGACCCACCUGUUGGCAAUGAUCAAUGUAGAUGAAAACCGGAAGCGUCUCCGCCAGACGUUUGUGUUUUCUGCCACCCUGACCAUGCUCCACAGUGGACCCCAGAGACGACUCAAGAAGAAGAAGAAGGAAAAAAUGGACACCAAGAAAAAAUUAGAGCUGCUGAUGAGCACCAUCGGUAUCAAGGACCGCCCCAAGAUUAUCGAUCUGACAACCAGGACCGGGACAGCGGAGACUCUGACUGAAGCUAGGAUUAACUGUACAGUAGACGAGAAGGACCUGUAUCUGUACUACUUCCUGAAGCAGUACCCUGGUCGGACGCUGGUGUUCACCAACAGCAAGGACUGUAUCCGCCGUCUCAUGUCCAUCUUCACGCUGCUCAAGUGCUGCCCUCUACCUCUCCACUCAGACAUGCAUCAGCGACAGAGGCUCAAAAACCUGGAUAAGUUUUCAGCCAACGAGAAUGGCUUCUUGAUAGCCUCUGAUGUAGCUGCCCGGGGCCUAGACAUCCCCAAUGUACAACACGUGAUCCAUUUCCAGGUGCCCCGCACUGUAGAGAACUACGUACACCGCAGUGGCCGUACAGCUCGUGCCAUGAAGGAGGGACUGAGUGUCAUGCUGGUCGGCCCCGAGGACGUGCGCAACUACAGGAAGAUCAUACAGUCCCUCAAUAGAAAUGAGGACCUGCCCCUGUUUCCUGUGGAGUUCCACACGAUCACCUCCGUGAGAAAUGUCAUCUCACUGGCCCGGCAGAUCGACACUGAAGACCACAGAUUCAAAAAGAAGAAGCGGAAGAAUGACUGGUUCGUGAAGGCAGCAGAGGAGAUUGACAUGAUGCUGGACGAGCGAGCCCUUGAGGACCCAAGUGACUCAGUAGAGCAGCAGAAACACAAGCAGAAGCAGCAGAUGAUGAAAGCACAGCUGGAUGUCAUGUUGAAACGACCACUCACUCAGAAGCUGUUCUCAGGGAAAUACCCUACCAAGAUGGGCAGGUUGAUAGCACCAGAACACCCACAGGAUAAUGAUGCGAUCCAGAAGAUGAAGCGUGAUGAGCCGGCCCAGAAGGAGAUGAUGCAGUAUGUGGCAGCACAUCCCAAGGUCAUCAAGAAGAAACGUGAGAACAGGAAGACGAGGAAGAAUGAAAAGAGGAAGAAGAAAAAGAUGAAAAUGAUGACAGGAUGAAUGAAAUCCAAACUUUGAUACAGAAAUGUAUUUAAAUCUGUUUGAUAUGAUGUACAUAGAUUGUGAAAUGUUUCUUUAUGUACAAAUACAACUCUUGAACUGUG